ACAAUUUUUCCUGCAUGUGAGAGGUAUUGGACCUUCCAACCUCGAAACCAUGACUUAAUUUUCUCAAUCACCAUUCGCCCAUCUUCCUUACUAGUAUCAAUUCCAAUAGAUGACAACCCAAGGUAAUUUUCUUUAGAGUCCAUAAUCAAUAGUUAAUACCAUGUUUGGCAACGCAUCCUAUGGUGAGUGUUUUUACUAAAUAAUAAGGAAGACUUGGUGAAAUUGACUUGCUGUCUAGACAUGUCACCAAAGAGGGCCAGAAGGUCCUUCACAUGUAGGGCCUCCAUAGGGUUUUAGUGAGAGCUAACCGUGAUUAUUGAUCCAAGGGCGGUCCAAUGGCUAUACAAGUAGCGGAGCUACGGUGGAUUUUGAAUGUUAAGUUAGUUUGAGUUGAAUUGGAUGACCUUCGAUUGAUCCCACUUAGCCAAUUGCAUGCAUCGAUUUGCUAGACCAACCGUAUGUCUAUGUUACCCGCCCAAGAACUCAAACGGAAAUUUGAAUUUUGUCUCCCGAAAGGAGCAAUUCCUUUCUCUUCUCAAGGAUUGUUCCUCCAUCAAGGUUCUCAACCAAAUUCAUGCUCAAAUUCAGACUUAUGGCCUUGGCAGAGAUGGGUAUGUCAUGAGCCACGUCCUGCGUUUUUGUGCCUUGUCGUCGCCCUCCGGAGACUUGGAAUAUGCGCGAUCCGUUCUCUAUCACGCCCUUGAUCGUAUAACCUCUUCGUGGAAUAUUGUUAUUAGGGGUUAUGCGCUUAAUGAUUUGCCGAGAGAAGCCAUAGCCGUUUUCCUUGAGAUGCGGAGUCGUGGAGUAAAGCCCAAUAAGCUCACCUUCCCCUUUCUUCUCAAGGCGUGCGCUCAUCUAUCGGCUCUUCAAGAAGGAAGACAAAUACAGGCAGAUGCCGUGAAGCAUGGUGUUGAUUCGGAUAUUUAUGUCCAGAAUACCUUGAUUCAUCUCUAUGGAUCCUGCGGGGAAAUUUCUGAUGCACGUCGCGUGUUUGAUACAAUGUUUUUUAGGACUUUGGUAUCAUGGAAUGCCAUCAUCACUGCUUAUGUCGGGAAGUCGCUGUUAGAUGAUUCAGUUAGGCUCUUCACUGAGAUGAUAUUUUGUGGGUAUGAGCCGGAUGAGGCCUCCAUGGUGGUCUUGAUCUCUGCUUGUUCUGAGCUUGGGAACCUGAGCUUAGGGAGAUGGGCCCAUUGUCAAGUUAUAGAAAAAGGUUUGGUCAUAAAUUGUCGAUUGGGUACAGCCCUUGUUGAUAUGUAUGCCAAGUGUGGUGCUGUCGGUUGUGCCAGAAUGAUUUUUGAUAGAAUGCGCGAGAGAAAUGUUUGGACGUGGAGUGCAAUGAUUUUGGGGUUAGCCCAGCAUGGGCUGGCUAGGGAAGCCCUUGAUCUCUUCCUCGAGAUGAAAAACUGUUCGGUUCAGCCUAAUCAUGUCACUUUUCUCGGGGUCCUCUGUGCGUGUAGCCAUGCAGGUUUGGUUGAUGAGGGUUAUCAGUUCUUCCAUGACAUGACACAUGUGCAUGGCAUAAAACCUAGGAUGACACAUUAUGGAGCCAUGGUGGAUAUAUUGAGUCGUGCAGGUCGUCUUAAAGAGGCUUAUAAAUUCAUUUUCGACAUGCCCACUGAACCUGAUCCAGUUGUAUGGAGGACGUUACUCAGUGCAUGCAGCAUCCAUGAUGCUGAUGGCAACAGUGGUAUUAGAGAGAAGGUCAGGAACAAGUUACUUCAUUUGGAGCCAACAAGAAGUGGGAAUCUUGUGAUGGUUGCCAACAUGUAUGCAGAGGUCGGGUUGUGGGAGGAAGCAGCAAAUAUGCGGAGGGUGAUGAGAGAGGAAGGGCAGAAGAAGAUGGCUGGAGAGAGUUGCAUUGAGAUCGGUGGGCAUUCUCAUAGAUUCUUUUCAGGUGAUGAUUCCUUAGUUGAUUGUGAGAUCAUCUACAACUUUUUAGAUGGGUUGAACUUAAAUAUGAUGGCGAUUAACCAUGAAUAAGAAUUUUCCUGCUGUGUAUCAUUUGGAAUUUUGGUUUCAGUCUUCAAGACGCAUUUCCAGUCUGCAUAGUUUAUCAUGAUCCCAAGAUUUAGUACUAUGACUCCAUGACAAAUACACAUGAAUGCUGAAAACUUGUUAUCCCAUAUUCGAUAAGUUCUUUAUUGUAUACUAGGAGUCUAGUUUUUCUUUUCCUUUUCUUAUGUGUUCUCUGUGUUUUCAUUUGAUUUUCCCUGAAUAGAGUGAAUUCUAUAACUGCUGCAUACA